AUGGAUGCCAUUGCCCAAUCCAAGUCAGAGAAAGUUGUGGGGGAUGCCUCUGUGAUACUUCUGUUGUGUAGGAAAGCGAGAGUUAAACCUUUGACAGGUGAAAUUCAGGUGCUGCCAUCCAAGGCAAUUGAUGCCAUAUGGAUUUGUAAGAUGAAUGUGGUUCCUAAAACCGAGGAUACUAAUAGACAGGGAGAAGGAACUCAACCUGGUGAUAACAUGCAAAGGUCUGACCCAAUGCCUGAGUUACCCCCGGGAGUGACCCCCACUUACCGUUAUCACCACUAUGUGAACGAGGAGUCCUAUGCACACCAAGUAGAGAUGCGUAAUUUCUGA